CCUGGGCACCGCCGGGACGGUGGCUCCGCGGGCAGCGCGCCGCACCGGGGGUGCCUGGGACCGCUGCCCUACCGCGGGACAGCGCCGGGGCACCAGUUCCACCUCUCCUGCCCCCGGGUGAGGGGGCGGCAGCAGCGAGCCCCCGCUGCCCCGCGGCCCCCACGGACGUUCCCGGCCAGCAGGAGCACGCUGGAGCCCGCUUCGCCGACCUGCCCGGCAUGCGGACACCGACGGUGAUGAUCGUGGGGCUGGUGCUGUGCCCCUGUGGGCUCCUGCUGACGCUCACGGGCACGCUGGCACCCAACUGGAGGCAGGUGAGCCUCAUACCCAACCAGCCCAUUGACCUCGUCCUGGAGCACGGCAUCUGGGACAUGUGCAGAGAGCAGCAGAGCAGCCACGACCGCCGCUGCGGGCAGGCUGAUGAGUUGGGCUACUUUGAGCAAGUACCCGUGCGGGUGGCCCAAGGGAUGAUGCCCACCUCACUGGUGCUCACCCUCGUGGGGUUGCUGGUGGCUACCCUGGGGGUUCGCUGCUGGCAGAAGGAACCACGGCACCCGCUGGCUGGGGCGGCAGGGCUUGUGCUGCUCCUCUCGGGGCUGCUGAGCCUCGUGCCUGCCUCCUGGUACACCCACGAGCUGUGGGCGCUGCCCGCACCGGCUGGCAGCACCCUGGUUGUAGGCUACAGCUUGGUGCUGAGCUACUUGGGAAGCUGCCUGGAGAUCCUGGGGGGGCUGACCCUCGCCCUCAGCUUCCAUCACUGCUGCAAGGAGCACAGGACCCCCAGGCUGCCCCCCAGCCCUGUGCUGGAGGCUGGGCCGUGCUCCACCGUUGGGGCUUACCAUAAUCCCCGGGAUGUGCUGGAGGACGAGCGAGAUGGACAGCAGAGGAGCACCCUGCCUUGUGACUCUGACUUCUAGCCCCAGUGCAGGGACAGCAGCGGGCACCGGCCAGCCUGGCUGCCUGGCACCGAGACCAGUGCUGGCUCCUGCCCCUCCAGGCUAUGCCCUUCCCAUGGGGUACCUCGGAGCUGGCUGGAAGCAAGACCGAGGACCCGGCUUGAAUCUCUGUAACGUCCUCAAAAGACUGCUGUGCUCUAAGUCCCACAGCUGUGCCAGAGCCGUGCCAGGUUGUGGACCAGCCCUGGCUCCAGCUCUUCCAUGCAGCUUUUAAGCUCAUCCUCCUGCACCAUGCAGCAGCUUGGGCAAAGGCAGCUCCAGUGUUCCCUUGUGACCAAGGUACAGGUUAGCACCAUGUAGCCUUCAGGGCUGGGAAUAGUGGAGGGGAGCACCUCCCACAUGUCUCUGCUCAACUCAGGGCUGUGCAAACAGGAAAAUA